GUUUCGUUUUCAGCAGGCUUGUUAGAGACUGCUCGCUACUUCCUGCUUACUUGUUCUCGACUUCUCUAACACGAAGCCUCUACUUCUUCAGCAUGAAACCUUCCAUGCUGUUUUUGUUGUUCGCUGUGGCCCUUCCAGAGACCGAACCAAGGUUUCACUCCCUGAGGUAUUUCCAAACGUCCACGUCUUUACCCGGACUCGGAAAGCCCAAGUUCACUUCCGUGGGCUACGUGGACCAUCAGCAGUUCGUACGCUUUGAAAGUGACAGCUCGAGUCAGAGGGAGGAGCCGCAGGUGCAGUGGUUGGACCAGAUCAGCCAGGAGUACUGGGAACGCAACUCACGCAUCGUCAGCGAGACGGCGCACACUUUCCAAGUUGGCCUGAGAAAUCUGCAGAUCUAUUACAAUCAGACAGAGGGAGUUCACACCUACCAGCGCCUGGUCGGCUGUGAGAUGGCUUCCGACGGGACCUUCCUGCGUGGGUUUGAGCAAUUCGCCUAUGAUGGGCAAGACUACAUCUCCCUGGAUCUGGAGACGCUGAGUUGGACCGCUGCAGUGGCCGCCGCACUGAACUCCAAGCAGAAGUGGGAAGCAGAGCGGAGCAUCGCGGAGAGACAGAAAAUUUAUCUGGAGAAGAAGUGCGUUGAGUGGCUGCAGAAGUACCUGGAGCUCGGGAAGGAGACCCUGCUAAGGACAGAGCCUCCCUCUGUUCGAGUGACCCAUCACGCUGCCCCCAAUGGGGAGGUGACCCUGCGGUGCCGGGCCCAGGACUUUUACCCUGCAGAGAUCUCUCUGACUUGGCUGAGGGAUGGGGAGGAACAGCUCCAGGACACAGAAUUCAUUGAGACCAGACCUGCUGGAGAUGGAACCUUCCAGAAGUGGGCAGCUGUGGAAACCACCUCGGGCCAGGAAGGGAAAUAUACUUGCAGAAUUCAGCACAAGGGACUGUCUGAGCUCCUCAUCCUGAAAUGGGAGCCACAGUUCUCCUCUAUCUGGUUCUUUGUGGUGGUCAUGGCUCUUGUCCUCCUCCUCCUCAUUUCAGUCAUUGCUGGAGUUAUGAUCUGGAGGAAGACAUCAGGUGUAAAAGGAGGGAGCUAUGUUAAGGCUGCAGGCAGUGACAGUGCGCAGUGGUCAGAUGUCUCUUUGACAGCCAAAGCUUGAGACAAUUGCCUUGUGUGGACCUGAAUAAGAAAACAAGGAUAUUUAAGUCUCCGAUUCCUGUAAAAGUGUCCUCAACCAGAGGAGGCAUCAUAUUCAGCACUUUCUCUCCACCAGCAUGAUAGGAUUAAAAUCACAUCAUCAUUCUA